CAACUGAAAAUCCCACAACAACCACAAAAAUGCUCCCCACCACCACCACCACCACAACAACAACCACAGAAACCCCCACUACCACCACAACAGCAACAACAACAACAGAAACCCCCCCACCACCACCACAACAACAACCACAGAAACCCCCACUACCACCACAGAAACACCCACCACCACACCCACCACAACACCUGCUGGCUGUUUUAUUUGUCAGUGGUCAAACUGGACGAGCAAUAAUUACCCUGACGCUAACCAAGAAGGUGGAGAUUAUGAGACCAUAGACAAAAUUACUGAUCCAGAUCUAAAUACUUGCACUGGAUCUCUGAAAAUAGAAUGUAGAGCAAAACAAUACAAAGAUAUACCAUUCGAUGAACUAGAAGAAAAAGCGACAUGCAACACAACACAUGGACUGAUCUGUCAUAACAAAGACCAAGAUACAUUUAGAUGUUCGAACUAUGAAAUACGAGCUGCGUGUUGCAUUAACAUUUGUACUACCACUACAACCCCUGAAACCACCACCACCACCACAACAACAACCACAGAAACCCCCACUACCACCACAACAGCAACAACAACAACAACAACAACAGAAACCCCCACUACCACCACAACAGCAACAACAACAACAACAACAACAGAAACCCCCACUACCACCACAACAGCAACAACAACAACUGAAAAUCCCACAACAACCACAAAAAUGCUCCCUACCACCACCACAACAACAACCACAGAAACCCCCACUACCACCACAACAGCAACAACCACAACAACAGAAACCCCCACUACCACCACAACAGCAACAACAACAACUGAAAAUCCCACAACAACCACAAAAAUGCUCCCCACCACCACCACCACAACAACAACCACAGAAACCCCCACUACCACCACAACAGCAACAACAACAGAAACCCCCACCACCACCACAACAACAACCACAGAAAAUCCCACAACAACAACUACUACUACUACUACAGAAAAGCCCACAACCACAGAAAAACCCACAACAACCACAGAAAUCCCUAUAGUUACAAAUUCAAAGUUAACAACAACACAAGCAACAAGACCCCAAGAAAAAAUUACUAAUGUGACAAAGACAGUCUCAACAACUAUAGUAAAGUCCACUACAAGAACAACUGAAAAUCCCACAAGCACUACUAAAGAAUCACCCUCCACCACCAAAGCAACAACCACAGAAACCCCCACUACCACCACAACUGCAACAACAACAACUGAAAAUCCCACAACAACCACAGAAACGCCCACCACCGCAACAACAACGACAACUUGCUUUUGCAAGUACACGGAUAAAAUAUUCUCUCCCGGUAGCUUCAUGUAUAAUAAGACUGAAUCUGGCCGGUGCAUCGCUGCUUAUUGCUCGUCGACAUGCAGUGUUGAGGAGAUUGUUAGACCAUGUCCCUCCACUACCACACCAACUCCUACCACCACACCUGUUCCCAGAAUAGACUGUUAUUAUCUCAAUCCACCCAGAAAGGAUGGCGAAUCCUGGAAGCCAGACGACUGCACCACAAAAACAUGUGACAACGGCAGCGUAGUCGAAAGGCGUGUACCAUGUCAGCAACAAAUCAAACCAAAAUGUGAAAAUGGGUUUGAACCAGUUAGGGUCUAUGAUAAAACAGGUUGCUGUUUUCACUAUGAGUGCAAAUGUGUUUGCUAUGGCUGGGGAGAUCCUCAUUAUGUGACCUUUGAUGGCCAAUAUUACAGCUUCCAGAAAAACUGCACAUACGUCCUGGUCAAAGAGAUCAUUCCCAAAUAUAAUUUUAAGAUUCUUAUCGACAAUGAGAACUGCGAUGCCUCUGGAGCUGUGACCUGUACUAAAGCCUUGAUCGUGUAUUACAAAGACUAUGAAAUUAUUCUAACACAGAAGAGAAUCCCAAAGACCGUAAACACGGUGUACAUCAACCGCAAGCAGGUAUUCCCAACCUACUCUAAUGAGGACUUCACCAUCACAAGUACAACAAUUAAGCUGGUUUUGGAAAUCCCAGCAAUUAAAGCAGUUGUGCUAUUCAAAGGGCUUUCAUUCAGCGUUGACUUGCCAUUUUCUCUUUUCCACAACAACACUGAGGGGCAGUGUGGUACCUGCGACAAUAAGACGAAAAAUGACUGCAGAUUACCAAAUGGCCAGAUUCAUCCAUCGUGCUCUGUGAUGGGACAUCACUGGUAUGUGCCUGACAAGAAAAAGCCCUAUUGUGAGAAGCCACCUCCUACACCAAUACCAACAUCAAGACCUACACAAACACCCUGCAAACCUGCUAUCUGUGAAAUUUUGAAGAGCAAGGUGUUUGAGAAAUGCCACAAAGUAAUCCCACCACAACCCUUGUAUGAGGCCUGUAAAUUUGACAUUUGCCACAUGCCAAAUUCCACCAUGGGUUGUUCCAGUCUGGAGGAGUAUGCCACAAUGUGUGCUGAUGCAUCUGUCUGUGUAGCCUGGAGGAAUGCUACGAAAGGACAGUGUGAAUAUAAAUGUCCAGAAAAUAAAGUCUACAAGCCUUGUGGACCAACUGUUGUACCAACUUGCAAUGCAAGAUACAAUGAGAAGUAUGUACAACCAUACCCGGGGGAGAAGGCCAACCAGAUCGCAGAUUAUAAUCGUUUUGUUGAGGGAUGCUUCUGCCCAGAGGGGAUGACUUUGUUCAGUUCAAAGUCUAACAUCUGUGUUGCCUCCUGUUGCACUGGACCUGAUGGCCAACCUAAACAGUCUGGAGAGACUUGGCAGAGUGGAUGUCAGCAGUGUAAUUGUGAUGAGGAUGGUGUUCAGUGUGAGCCUCGCACAUGUCCCACUCAAAAACCUGUUACCUGUACUGAGGAAGGUGAGGUGCUGGUGAACCGCACAGUGGACUGCUGUGAGACACUGACAUGUGAAUGUUAUAAGAGUCGCUGUUCCUUGCCAUCACAGAAGUGUGAUCUGGGAUUUGAGCUGAAGAUCCACUUGUCAAAUGAUCGUUGCUGCCCUACUUACAGCUGUGUACCCAAAGACGUCUGUGUCUUCAAUGAUACUGAGUACAAGCCCAGUAUGGAGUUCUCCAAAAGCCUAUGUGAAAGAUGCCACUGUACUGAUUCUCAGGAUCCUAACAGCAAGUUGAAGAAAAUUACGUGUCAUGAGAUCAAGUGUCUCCUCCAGUGUCCUGAGAGCCAUGUGUAUAAACCCCAACCGGGACAGUGUUGUGGGUCAUGUAUACCUACAAGCUGUGUUUUGGAGAUCCCAGGCUCGACUCCGUUAAUUAUUCCUCCUUCACAGUCUUGGUCACCACCAGGUGACAACUGCACCAAGUAUGAUUGCCAGAAGGUGAAGGAUGAGUUUAUACUUUCUAAAAACCACAUAACAUGUCCUGAAUUUGAUCCAAAGAACUGCAUUCCUGGAACUGAACAAACUGACAUGAAUGGUUGUUGCAAAACCUGUAUUCCUCGUUCCAACUGUCAAAAGAAGACAAACACCACCUAUCUGCGGAUAAAGAACUGUAAGUCAGUUGAACCAGUGGAAAUUACAGCCUGUGAAGGAUCCUGUGGACCGUCAUCAUCAAUGUACUCUGCAGAGAGCAACAGUUUCAUGCAUCACUGCACAUGCUGUCAAGAAAUGGCCACCAGUAAGAAGAAGGUGGAAAUGAAGUGCACUGAUGGCAAAGAGAUGACACACUUCUACAUUUCAGUUGAUAAGUGUGGUUGCCAGGAAUGUACUGAAAACACCAAAGGCUAACAUAAACAUUUUAAGACUGAAAACUAACCUGACUAAAAUACUCUUAUAAACUUUAAUAUUUCCUCUCCAAAAACUGUUAGAGAAUCAAGACUCAAUAUGUGAAAACCAGCAGAGACACACCUCUGAGCAUUAGCUGAAAGCACGUACCUGAGAACAGUCCAAUACAAGAUAUAUUAGAGCAAAUUAGUAAAAUGCUUAAAACAGCAGUCUGAAAGGCUUCUCUUCCAGUGAGAGAAUUACUUUGAGCUGUUACACCUUCAUAUUUUAUGUCAGCAAUGCUAAAUGGUGAUAAAAUGUUUCCUACACUUCUGGACACUGAACCUUUGAACUUUCAGAAUACCUGUCAUUAUUUUCUCAUUUAUUGUCAGGGAGCCAGGUCCAGAUAGUUCCUCAUGAGGACAGAACAUAUUGGUGUUGUUGUCUCUUUUAGCCUUUUGAAGAGGUGGUUCCUUUGUCCAAACUUUAUGAUAUGGUGUUUCCAGGUUUCGAGGGUUUUCCUUUUAUUCUAAAUGACUUGAGAGAUAAAAGACACGUAACUGACCUCAAACAUACAUGACAUCCCAGUAAUAUUUCAACAUUCUUUGCCAUGGAAAAAGAGAUAGUAUGUUUUAUCUUUGUAGUAAAAUGUGGAAGAUUCAAAACAUGGAUUUGAAUGUUAAAUGAUUAUUGAUCAUCACCUCUAACAGAACCAUCAACAUUAAUCAUCUUAUUAUUUAUUGAAUAUGUGCAAAGCAAUGAGUGUAAAGAUUUUUCAGGCUUUUUCCAACAUCUGAUGUGUCACAUCUGUUACAUCUUAAUGUCUUCAAUGUCAUUAAAACUCACAGGCAUACCGAU